CGGGUAGGUGCCGGGGGGCUGCGCAGGGCAGGUUCCCCCGGAGCAGGCGCUGGGGAGACCCCGGGGUGUGGGGGUGUGGGGGGGUUUGGGCCCCCCCCCCCCCGCCAUGGGCUGCGCGUCCCCGGCGCUCGGCGCUGCACGGCGCCUCGGGGGCGGGGCCUCGCUCCGUAACCACGCCCACCCCCCCGGGUACAGCCCCGCCUCUAACCGCCUCUCCCCUCGUGGGGUGACGCGUCGCGCCGAGCAGCCAAUCAGAGCGGCGCGUGGUUUUCAAACGGGCGGCGGCGGCGGCGCGCGGGGAUCGGCGGGACCGGGACGGGGAUCAGGCCCGGACCCCGGACCGGGGCUAUGCGGGCCGCCCGGACCCCCCUCGCGCAGCAGCGGCCCCGGCGCGCCCCGUUGCAGGAGCUGCGGCUGCAACCGGGCGCCGAGCGGACCAGCCUCACCCCGCUGCUCUGCCGCCUGCGCAUCAAGGACCAUGACAGUGCCACCCCGGUGUCUCACACCCAGCGGCCCCCCAGCAGCGUCACCUCGGUGCCCUGCACUCCAGGACCCUCCAGGAGUGCUAUCCUGCAGCCCCCCAGAAGCACCACCCUAGUGCCUUGCACCUCGGGGCUCCCCAUCAGCGCCAUCCCGGAGCCCCCUGGGACUCCCACCCUGGGACCCAGCACCUCGGAGCCCUCCGGGACUCCCACCCUGGUGCCUGGUGCCCCUGAGCCCCCCAGCACCCCAGAGCCCCCUGGCAGUACUGUGCCAGCCCCCACGUGCAGCCCCAUCCCAGGUCCCAGCACCCCGGAGUCCCCCAGUAGCACUGUGCCAGCUCCACUGUGCAGCCCCACCCCGGAGCCCCCCAGUAGCCCCAUCCCAGGGCCCAGCACCCCGGAGCCCCCCAGUAGCCCCGUCCCAGGGCCCAGCACCCCGGAGCCCCCCAGUAGCCCUGUCCCAGAGCCCCCCAGUAGCACCGUGCCAGGGUCAUGUACCCCAGAGCCCCCCAGCAACACCACUCCAGCCCCCUGCACCCCAGGGCCCUCCAGCAUCAUCAGCUCAGUGCCUUGCACCCCAAACUCCCCAGGCACCACCACGCUAGCACCCUGCACCCUUGGGCCCCCUGGCAGUGGCAGCAUGGCCUCCUGUACCCUAGGGCUCCCCGGCACCAGCUCCACCCCACAAGAAGCUCCCUUCCACGGGUGGCGAGUGGCACCCGCUGACCUCUCCUGCAGCCCUGUGGCCACUGAGCCCGCGGCUGGAGAUGGGAGUGCAGCUCCUCUACCUUGCCAAGGCACCCCUGAGGGAGACAAGUCCCCAGCCCCUGUCCCCCCAGAGCAGGACCCCCCCGGAUUUGCUCCCACCGAGGCAGGUCAGUCGGUGCCUGCUGGGUUGGAGGUAGUGGCCACCCCUACCCCCUCGCUCGAGGUGGCCCCGGGUGCCGUGUCCUGGGUGUUGCCGCUGCUGUGGUUGGAGAAGAACCUCAACUCCUCGUCCUUGCUGGAGUCCCUUCGGCACAGCCUGCCUCUGCCUGUUUCCACCGCGGUCGCCGGCACCAGCGUCACCCCCGUUUCCACCGCGGUCGCUGGCACCAGCGUCACCCCCGUUUCCACCGCGGUCGCCGGCACCAGCGUCACCCCCGUUUCCACCGCGGUCGCUGGCACCAGCGUCACCCCCGUUUCCACCGCGGUCGCUGGCACCAGCGUCACCCCCGUUUCUACCGCGGUCUCCGGCACCAGCGUCACCCCCGUUUCUACCGCGGUCGCUGGCACCAGCGUCACCCCCGUUUCUACCGCGGUCGCUGGCACCUUCAUGACCCCCCGGGACACGCGGGAGAGGAGCAUGAACACCUCUGCGGGCAGCCCCCCCUGUGCCAAGGACAGCGCUGCCGAAACGGACUCCCUGCUCUGGCACUGUCCCCGGGAGCAGCUGAAAUCCCUGCCGCGGGCAGAGCUGGAAGGGCGACUGGAGAGCACCCUCAUCAUCAUCGAAGCCCUCUCGCUCCAGCUGCGCGACUGGCAGGAGAGCCAGCGGCUGCUGCCCGGCGUGGGGCCGGCUGAGCAGAGGGACGCGCUCACGCAGACGGACGUCACCCACCCCAAAGGGGAGGAGGAGAUCUACCACAACCUCUACCUCGAGCUGAGGAGGAAGACGGAGGUUCUGCAGCGGCAGCGGGGAGCGGAGCAGGACCUGCAGCGGGAGCUGGAGCUGGCUGCAGCGGGGACGAGUGCCUGGAGCAGGCAGUGCCUCUUGUUUCGGGGCCUCGCGGAUGCCACCUUUCAGAGCUUGCAGGAUGAGCAGAGAACACUUGCUCAGGAGCGGGAGCAGGUGAGGGCUCUGGUGUCACGGUGUCGGGCCGUGCUGGAGAAUGUGCCUGGCAAACUGCGGAGCUGCCUGGAGGAGCGGGAUGCCAUGAGGCAGCGAGCGGACGAAGCCCUCCGAACCAAGGAGGAGGGAGAUCGCUUCCUGGAAGCCUUCCGCGCCCACGCCAGCGCCCAGAUCGGUGCCCGUGACCAGAGCCUGGCCUCCCAGCGAGAGCUGGGCGUGCUGCUGGUGGAUGCCAUCAACCAGCAGGCAUCCCUGGCUGCUGAGGCUCAGCAUUUCCGGGAAUUUAUAGACGGCACCUUUGAAAAUCUGGAGGAGGAAAGGAGAACCCUGGACGUGGAGCGGGAGCAGACGAGGACCCUGGUGUCCCGGUGCUGGGCCAUGCUGGAGAACGUGCCCGGCAAGCUGCGGAGCUGCCUGGAGGAGCGGGAUGACAUGAGGCAGAGGGCAGACGAAGCUCUUCGAGCCAAGGAGGAGGUGUCCUGCCAGCUGGAAGAGGCCUCGGUGGCUUUGCAGGACGCGGUGGCUCAGCUGGAGCAGCUGACGGUGGCCAACUCGCACCUCAGCACAGACCUGAGCUCCUUGAUGACGAAUCUGGCCAACGUGGAGCAGGAGCGGGAUGCGCUGCAGCAGGAAAACGAGAAGCAAUGGGAGGAGAUGGCCUGCCUGGCGCGGGAGAGGGAAACCCUGCAGCAGGAGCGCAACGAGCUGUGCCAGGAGCUGCGGGAGGUGAUCGAGUGCCGGGAGUUCCUUGAUCAGGAGAACCGCAUGUCCCGCACGCAGCUGCUGGAGGUGGAGGCCAGGCUGAAGUCCACGCUGGCCAGCCUGCAGGAGUGCAGCCUGCAGUACCAGGAGCUGACAGAUUCCCACCAGCAUCUACGGGAAGAGCAGGCUGCUCUCGGCAAGGAGCUGGAGACCACCAAGGCUGAGCUUCUUGACUUGAAGCUCAAGAGGGACAAAGUCUCCUGGUGCUCUGCGGACAUCGCCGAAAGCAAGAUGAGGCUGCAGGAGCUGGCUGACUGCCUCAGGGCCGCUCUGCAAGAGGAGGAUGACGAUGUCCCAUCGAGAAGCAGAGUCUGGACCCCAGCUCCACGGACGCCGGGCUGGCAGACACCCCACCGUGCCUGGACCCCCGCCUGCCGCACGCCGGCAUGCCGCACCCCGUACCACACCAGGGGCUCCUUCGUGGGCAGUGUCCUGAAAGCGGUGUCGGGGAAAGAUGCCGAUGAAGCCACUGAAGGUGGGAGUGCAUUCACCAAGGACAAACUUGCCUCUACACCGAAGCCAAGAGCCUCUGCCCUGCCCACAGAGCCUGAAGAUGGUCUCUUGGAGAGUGUGAAGGAGCUGAGAUCCAUGGUCUCCAGCCUCACCUUGCUGAGCUCCCGCAUCCAGGAGCUGGAGCAGAGCAAGUUCAAGGAGCUGCAGACGGAGAUCUCCGACCUGCAGAUCCAUCUGGAGACGGUGACAGCCGAGAGCCAGGAGAAGAUGGAUGCCCAGGCUGCUGCCAUUGCCAAGCUGAACAAGGCGCUGAGGGGCAAGCUUGAGAAUGAGAAGGAGCUGCAGGACGUGGUGAAACGGCAGGAAGAGAAGAUGCUGCAACUCAUCGACAAGACUGGGGAAGUCACGAGGCUGAAUGGAGAGGUCUCCCAGCUGAAGCGCUCGCUCCAGCGUGCUGAGACAGAGGCCAAGGUGCUGUGGGAGGAGAUGCGGGGGCAGGAGCCCAAGGUGGACGCUGCCUACAUCCAGGAGCGAGUCCUGCUGCGGCAGGAGGUGGACAAACUGCGGCUGCUGCUCCUGGAGAAAGAGGAUGAGAAUCUGCUGCUCUCUGACAAGUACCUGGAGCAGGUCCGAGGGCUGGAGAUGAGGCUCCAUCACACCCAGAAAGUGCUGAAGACCCACGAGGAGAUGCAGGAGAAGAUGAAAGAGGUCCUGUUGGCCGUCCCUGACGUGGCAGCGAGCUGCCAGGAGCUCCACAGCCUGCUGCGGUACUUGGGCCUGAAGCCAGCCCGUGGCAGCAAGGAAGCCGCUGAGCCGCUAUAGCCUGUAGCGUGAAACCUUCCUCUUUAAUGCUGUAAUUAUUUAUUGAAUAAAGUUUUGUUGGCUUUUA